UUUCCAUACCCAAAAUCGCUCUUAAAUUUCCAAUCAUGAAUAAAAUCAUUCCCACGUGUUAACUACCAAAAGCCAUUACCGACAAAUAAUCUAAACCACCCAAAUUUGGACACAUCAUAUUCUAUAUAGACUCUAGUUGAAUUCUUUUACAACUCUAUAGAGAGAAUAGUAGAUAGAGAGUGAACGCCAACCAAAUUAAGUAGCCAACCCUCUAAAAAAGGACACUUUCCAUAAAACUAUCCUUCAAAGCCUCAUCAAACUCAAAUUUGUCUCCAUUAUUCAAUUACUCAAUUACAUAUAUACAAAAAAAAAACCACAAAAUGUUACACAUAUAAAAAGGCCACAAUAACCAACUCAAACUCAACACUUAGGAACAUAGCCUUUUUUCUACAAAGAAAGUAAAAUCAUUGUUCUUCUUUCCAAAUAUGAAGUGGAAUAGAGGCCAUACCAUUGGCCAAGGCUCAACCGCCACCGUCUCCCUCGCCACCCUAAAUGGCAAAAUCUUCGCCGUGAAGUCAACUGAACUAUCGUGUUCUCAACCGCUAAAGAGAGAACAAAGAAUUCUAUCUUCUCUAUGUUAUCCAAAUCCUUAUGUGGUUAAUUAUAAAGGGUGUGACAUUACUAUGGAAAACAACAAACUCAUGUACAAUCUUUUUAUGGAGUAUAUGCCAUUCGACACACUUAGCCAGCACGGUGGCCUGCUCAGUGAACAGGCCAUCGUGUGCUACACAAGACAAAUUGUAAAAGGAUUAGAGCAUUUACAUUCAAAAGGGUUGGUGCAUUGUGACAUCAAGGGUGCCAACAUCUUGAUAGGUGAAGAUGGAGCCAAAAUUGGAGACUUUGGAUGUGCUAAGAGUGUCAGUGAAGCCGUCGCGCCAAUUCGGGGAACUCCAUUGUUUAUGGCCCCCGAGGUGGCGCGUGGAGAAGAACAAGAGUGUCCUAGUGAUAUUUGGUCACUUGGUUGCACUUUGAUUGAAGUAUCCAAUAAUUCUACACCAUGGCCAAAUGUAGGAAACCCAAUUUCAGCACUUUAUCAUAUAGCAUAUUCCAAUGAAGUUCCUAAGAUUCCAUCUUUUCUAUCUAAUCAAGCUAAGGACUUUUUAGGGAAAUGUUUAAGGAGGAAUCCAAAGGAGAGGUUUACAGCUAGUCAACUUUUGAAUCAUCCUUUUCUUGGAGAGUUAUGUUCCAAUGAUAAACAAGUUGUGGACUUUAAUUCAAGUUCACCAACUAGUAUUCUUGAUCAAGGCUUUUGGAAUUCUAUGGAAGAAUCAAAAAGCGUUAGCCUUGGAAAUUGGAUUCACACAACAAGUUUUGAUGAGAACUCUAUUGCUAAUAGGAUCAAAAGGUUGGCAGGGGAACCCUGUUGUGCAUGGUGGCAUGAUGAUAAUGAGAAUGAGAGUUGGAUCACAAUUAGAGGGAAAGAAGGAUGUGAAGUUGAUGUUUUUUGCACUUGUGGGUCAGAGAUAAGUUCAACUAGUGAUGAGUUGGAUCUGCAAGGGUUGGCAAAAAGUAAUGUGAAAUAUAGAAUUAAUGGACAUUUUUGUAAUGAUCACAUUCACAUUUGUAGGGAUGCUAGUUUUGUAGGUAGUGUUAGUAAUCUUAAUUUUCAGCCAGGCAUUGUUGAGAUGCUACUACCAUCAACAUUAGAUGUUUUAUGAUUCAAAUCAAUAAUUCAAAAUUCUAUUUUUUUUUA